AUGGAAGAUUUCGAAGCCUGCUCUGUGAUGGGAGGUGAGGCUGUUCAAGGAAGUAUCCUUGGGGAAGGCCGGGCAGUCAAGCGGGCUUCAGAGAGAUUGAGAUUCUAUUCUUCGGGAAGGGAAGUUGUUACGAAAGCCGUGGAACAAAGUAACUGCUGGACCAAUGUGUUUGUGCCAAAUCAAAAGGAAAUGACAAUUGUCUCAGGAGCAAUCCCUUUCAGUUCAAAUUCCGAGCUUGUACAGGUAUACGGAAAUGGUCUGACCAAGAGGCAUCGAUCUGGAGUGGGUCUUGCAUUGCCGGAUGACAGGAGCCCUUCACCUCCACUCUUCAAUUAUAUCCAUACCAGGUGA